AUAGGGGUAGGCAAAAGAACUGAGAGAGAAUAAAUUAUCAUUUCCAGUUUCAGAAAUCCAUGAUUCUCAUUUGAGCGAUUAAAUCUUACCGGCGAUGUGGACGUUUGACGACUUGAAUCGAAUGAAAAGUAGAACAUUCGUUGAAACGGGAUUCCCUCUUGGUUCACCGAUAACCGACAUAGCUGCCAGCCGCAGCCAUGUGAGACGACUGUUGCAAUAAAAAGAGAAUGUGCAAGCUAAGCGGUUUGAUUUCUUUGCUUCGGGAGAUGGUUUGAAAAGUUCUUAAUAAAUUGUUGAGUCUUAAUGAAGUAGGUACGCAUUUUACUUCGGUUCGUCUCUGGCGGGAAUCGUCCACCAUUAUCUGCAUACAAUCUUGCGAUACAAUAUCUUUUUCGUGUGAUCUAUUCAUCUCAAUAUAACGGAAAAUGAGAAACCAAAGUGAUCUGGAAGAAGGACGCGAUUCGUGGGAUACCGAUCGGUCGCAGCAGUUCUUAAACGAACAAACGGAGUCGUUGAAUGUGCAACAAGGAGUUACGGAGCCACAGAUCCUGCAUGGUGACGUCCAACAACAGCAGUUCCAAAAUCAACAGGGGCAGCUAGAUAUGCAGCAAACAAAAUUAAUAAUGCCAACCGAGUGCGAAGCAAGUCAUCAUCAAACGUGUGUUCCCUCUGGAGAGCCACCUGACGCUUGUCAACAAAUUGACAAGACUUCCACCUGUGGGAUGCCUUGUAAUAAAAAAGCAAUUAUUGCGGCCUUGGGCAUCUUUGUUUGUUAUUUCUGCUUCGGAAUCAUCCAGGAGAAGAUCACUCGGGGCAGAUACGGAGAUGAACCGCAAGAAGAUGGAACACGAGGUGAACAGUUCACCUAUGCGCAAGCUCUGGUUGGUGUGCAGUUCAUCUGCAAUUGGGUUCUUGCCAAAGCCAUUCUCAUCGCCAGGCCACAGAAUCUAGAUACAACACCAAAGAGGUACUAUGCGUCCGGUGCUUUGACCUAUCUGUUGGCGAUGGUCAGCUCCAAUAUGGCUCUGCGAUGGGUUUCCUAUCCGAUGCAGGUGGUGGUCAAGUCGGCCAAGCCAAUUCCAGUGAUGCUGCUGAGUUUCAUGUUCGGUAGGAAAUCCUACACAUUGCAGAAGUAUAUGUUCGUGCUGUUGAUUGUGAUUGGAGUGGUGCUGUUUAUGCUCAAGGAAGGAAAAACCAACAGCAGCCCACUGGAAAGAGAAGGCUUAGGCCAGCUGUUGUUAGGAAUAAGCUUGAUCAUGGAUGGACUGAUGGGUGCCGUACAAGAACGCAUGCGGCAACAUAGCUCGCCAUCGGCUCUGCAAAUGAUGUUGGCCAUCAACGGGUGGAGUACAGUGCUACUCAUUCCUCCGCUGUUCAUCACCGGGGAAGCCAUGGAUUUCGUCGUAUUCGCUACCAAGUACCCCCAGAUGUUGGGACACCUAGCCACGCUGGCCCUGGCCGGUGUCAUUGGCCAGCUGUUCAUCUUCAUGAUGAUUUCGUCCUUUGGAUCUCUGGCUUGCUCGUUGUGUACCACUACGCGGAAGUUCUUCACCGUACUGUGCUCGGUGCUACUGUUUGGAAAUAACCUGUCCAUCCGGCAAUGGAUGGGAACAGUUCUGGUGUUUACCGGUCUGUUUGCCGAUAUGUUCUUCGGCAAAAAAGGCGCCUCUGCCUCUGGAAAAUCUCCCCCGAAGUCGAAAGAAAAGAGUGAAGCUAAUGGGAUUCUAAAGUGAAUCCGCAAUACGAGGCUGCCGAUAUGCCAUUUCAUUCUCGUAAUUAUGAAAGCACAAACCCGUACUCACAUUCAUAAUUGAAACAAAUAUACAAUAAGUAGGAAUUUAUAAUGGAUUGAAUCCAAUCUACACUGCUGAACAUCGUUAAGCAACGAUCUGCCGUAUGCAGCAUAGUUGUACCAUAUUCAAUGGGAAUUCCAAUUAGCAUGUGACAACUAUGCUGCACACGGCAGCGGUGUACCCUGUGAAAAUAACUUAGUGAAACCG